AUGGUUGAACGAUUUAAAAAAAAUUCUUCAUUUUUAAGGUCAGUACAUAGAAAACAAUUUAAAUUAAAAAAGAUUGAAAUGAAGACUGUUAGGCAAUUAAUAAUUGAUGAACUUGAUUUAAAUGAAGCUGAACCUUCUGCAAAAAUUUCAAAAACAACUAUUCGACAAAAAAAUAUGAAGGAUGAACAACUUAUAGAAGAUAAAAUUGAACAAAUGUUGGAAUCGGCAGAGAUUGCGCGCGAACCUAGUAGACCUUUUCCACCACGUGUCCGACUUAAAGUUGUUUACUCUGGAAAAUGGUUGAAUAUUCCGCCUAUCAAUGGCCGAAAAUUUGGGGCUAAAUAUAUGGAUCGCGUUGCUAAUGCUACUGAAAUGGUUACAAUUUUUUAA